UCGACGAGCUCAUCGCGAUGCGUCGCCGCAACUCGCCCACGAGACAACUGAAUACAAGAAGCGAGCAUCAAGCGCAUUAAAUCGAAAGAAAUCAACAAGUGAAAACCGAGUUGUUGUUUGUUUGUUUAUUUACGGUGCGUUCGUUGCUAAGCUACUGUGUGUUGCACCGCUGUUUUGUUUCCGAGUGCGCGUCGAUUGUGUUUCCGAAAGUUUCGCAGAGGAAUUAUUAAACGAGAGCGGCGCAGAAAUUAGUGCAAAGGAGUGUUAACUGACUUGCAGGAAAAGUGCGAAACCGACGCAGAAGUGAAGCGCAUCGCGAAAAGUGCAACGAUGUGCAAUCGAGUGCACAAUUCGUACUUCUGCCUCGCUAUUUGGGGAAUUAUUUUCAUUCAGAUAGUGAUAGUUGCAAGCACAGAAACAAAAAAUGUAACAAGAGUCAAAAGAGAACCGCCAUUGGUCAUCUACAGAGCCCCGCCCCCAAGAUACCGCCCUAGACCAAAAGCGGCAUAUGGAGCGCCACCUAGACCGAGUUACGGACCUCCUAAACCACAGUAUGGUCCCCCAAAACCUAAAUAUGGACCACCUUCGUAUAACUACGGUGCUCCAUUGACAAGUUACACGCCUAGCACUUCAUAUGGUGCUCCGCCUUCUAAUAACUAUGGCCCACCUCCUUCAAAUAGUUAUGGACCGCCUUCUACAAAUUACGGACCACCCUCGACUAAUUAUGGCCCACCAUCAACAAAUUAUGGUCCUCCCACGACGAAUUAUGGACCACCUCCUUCGAAUAGUUACGGCCCACCUUCAAACACCUAUGGACCACCCUCAACGAAUUACGGAGCUCCUCCUUCAAAUACCUACGGCCCUCCUUCUACAAAUUAUGGUCCUCCAUCAAAUACAUAUGGACCACCUUCAACCAACUACGGUGCUCCUCCUUCUAACACCUAUGGACCACCCUCGAAUAGUUAUGGCCCACCUUCUAAUACCUACGGCCCACCUUCGGGUAAUUAUGGACCUCCUCCUUCCUAUGCUCCACCUACGAACAACUAUGGACCUCCUGCGGUUAACUAUGGUCCACCAUCAAAUCAUUAUGGUUUACCUUUAGACCCAGGCGCGCCUGCAAGUGCAGGUACACCUCCUCUGAAAUACAGCCCACCGGAUACUGGUUUCCAACACCCUAACCACAAUUACCAUGCAACACAAGCUGGUAGUACCCACUUCCAACAAACGCCCACGUACAGUCAACCGGCACCUUCAAAUCCUUUCUCUUCAUUUGCUCAUAAUGGUUAUGAUGUUCCAUCUUUUGGUAAUCUGGUACCACAUGAACACACUCCUCAAGUCAGUUAUGGUACACCAGGAGCAGUGACUUCUUAUGGUACACCUGUUUCCCAUGAUGUUUCUGGGGCGUUUUCCCACAAAAGAACUCAAAAUAUUGACGAUUAUAACCUGGAUGACUUCUUUGCUUCAUCAAGCAAUGUCAAAAACAAAUAUAUAGUUGUUGGUAAAGUCAACGGGACAGUGGUAACGUCUAUACCAGUUAAUAAUCAGAAUCAUAAACAUAACCUUGAAAUUACUAACGAUGAAGAAGAAGUCGACUCGGAGGAAUUGGCUGAGUUUGAUAAUCUCGGACCAAUCACAACGCUUCGAAGUAUUUCAACGGUUUUAAAGCAUAAGAAUGCAAAACAAACAAAAAACAAGACAAAAUCAACAUCAAAACGAUCUAAUAAUAUAACAAUAGCUAAUAAACAAAAGCAGAUAACGAGUAGUGAUAGUUUUGCGCGUGGAGUCAGCGCCUUAACCUCAAUCGGAUUGAAACACUAUGCCAUUUAGUCAUCUUGGGUUGCCGAACAAAAACUUACAGAGCAACAUAACCAAAGAUUACGAGUUAAAUUAUUUUUGUUGCUUUCAACACUUAACCAACAAUUUAACGCUCAUUUUAAUGUUUGUAAUUUUAAUGCCUUGUUCUACACACAUUAUUUUCUUGUAUAUACAUUUUAUAUAAAUUAUGUAAACAUAUAAACGUCUGUAUAUAAUAAAGUUUA